CACCAGACCUUGGGCGGGAUUCCAUCAUGGUUGCGCAAAGGGGAAUCAACACCCCAACAUUGACUGCUCCCUAGUUGCUCCAAAUGCCUGCUUGCAUUUCUGCAAGCAGUUUUUUUGCGCUACCUUCUCGUGUCUGGUUUCCGGAUCUUUCCCUUCCUCUUUUUUUUUUCCUCCCUCCACUGCAACUCUCAAACACGCGUGGGAUUUAACGAGAGAUAACGCAAGCAAACCGUGUGCGUGGGGGAGGAAGCUGGAUGCGCAUUGGUCCUUGAACACACCUCAGACGCAAAGCCGCCUUGAUGGGACACUCAGGAGCUUUUUCGUGACACGAGGAUCAUUUCAGCAUCUCCACGCGUCAAUUUGGAAUACAUUAACUCCCGUUUAUCCUCCUCGAUUGGACUCAAAUUCCCCUUCCCAAAGUGGAAGGAAUCAUGUGCAACUCUUCAUUAGUGUCACUUUUGCCUCCUCACUCAUGACUUGUCCUAUGAAGCCAUCACAAGGCAUCAAAGCGUUGAUUGAUGGUGUUGGUUACAUUGUUAGCCAAGGUCUGCCGGGCCCCAACCGUGUCCAGAUACUUUAAAGACGCAGGCUGCUUUCAAGUAAAGCCCCUCGACAAGCGACUCUGAGCUGCUCGAUAGUCGGGCGGUGUUUUCCUGUUAAACCCAUCUACCCACCUCUACCAGUUUCCACGGGCAUCCGGCUGAUCGGGAUACCGAUGUGAUACCUGCAAUGGAAACCAGAGCUUGACUUGUGGAGCAGGAACGCGAUUGAGAAUGGAGCGGCUGAUCCUCUGCAUGCUGCUGUGUGGUGCCCUGGUGAAGGCGAACAAUUGUCCCGGGCGCUGCAUCUGCCAGCACCUGUCGCCAACGCUCACGCUCCUCUGCGCCAAGACAGGCCUCCUCUUUGUACCACCCACCAUCGACCGCAAGACUGUGGAGCUGCGGCUCACUGACAACUUCAUCACCGUCAUCCGCAGGAAGGACUUCUUCAACAUGACCAGCCUGGUGCACCUCACCUUGUCCCGGAACACAAUUAGCCAGAUUACGCCCCAGGCCUUCUUAGGCCUGCGUUCUCUGCGAGCGCUGCACAUGGAUGGCAACCGCCUGAGUGCAAUCAGGAGUGACCAUUUCAAAGGCCUGAACAACCUGCGUCACCUCAUCCUCGGUAACAACCAAAUCCACCAGGUAGCAGCCACCUCCUUCGAUGAGUUCGUCUCCACCAUCGAGGACCUGGAUCUGUCCAAUAACAACCUGCGCACUCUGCCCUGGGAAGCCAUAGCCCGGAUGACUAACAUUAACACACUCACACUGGACCACAACCUGAUUGACCACAUUGGAGCUGGCACCUUCACCUUGCUCACCAAGCUGGUCCGCCUGGACAUGACUUCAAACCGAUUGCAGAAGCUGCCACCUGACAGCCUGUUCCAGCAUGCUCAGGUACUGUCCGACGCCAAGGGGUCAAGUUCGUCCACCCUGGCUGUGAGUUUUGGCGGGAACCCGCUUCACUGCAACUGCGAGUUGCUAUGGCUCCGCCGGCUGACCCGCGAGGAUGAUCUGGAGACGUGCGCCUCGCCAGAACACCUCAUGGACAAGUACUUCUGGUCCAUACAAGAGGAGGAGUUCAUAUGCGAGCCGCCAUUGAUCACCAAACACCUUUCCACCAAGCCCCAUGUGAUGGAAGGGCAGGGGGUCACCCUUAAGUGCAAGGCGGUGGGUGAUCCCGACCCGGAGAUCCACUGGCGUUCCCCGGAUGGCAAGCUGGUGCACAACAACACCCGCACCAUCCUGUAUGAAAAUGGGACGCUUGAUAUUCUCAUCACCACACUGAAAGACAGCGGGGCUUUCAACUGUGUGGCCUCCAAUGCAGCGGGCAUCGCCACGGCUGCCGUGGAGAUCAAUAUGAUUCCCCUGCCACUGUUCGUUAACAACACGGGCCACAUGCGCGAAGACCCGGGCCUGUCGGACAUCACCACCUCGUCCAAGACGGGCAAUGACACCAAGGGCUUUGACAAGCAAGGCAGGAGGGUGGUGGUCACGGAGGUGACCUCGUCUUCGGCCGUAAUCCGAUGGCCCUCUGAGCGUCACAUCCCCGGGAUCAGAAUGUACCAGAUCCAGUACAAUAGCACUGCCGAUGACACGCUGGUCUACAGGAUGAUCCCACCCACCAACAAGGAUUUCCUGAUCAAUGACCUGGCAGUUGGACGCGAGUACGAUCUGUGCGUGCUGGCCGUUUACGACGACGGCGUCACCUCGCUGACGGCCACGCGCGUAGUGGGCUGCAUCCAGUUCCACACGACCGGGGAGGUCAGCCCGUGUCCCUUCAUGCACAGCCAGUUCCUGGGGGGAACCAUGAUCAUCAUCAUUGGCGGCAUCAUCGUGGCGUCCGUCUUGGUGUUCAUUGUCAUCCUCAUGAUCCGUUACAAGGCCUACAGCGGACCUGAGGACAGCAAGGCCAAGGCGUGCCCCGGCGUCCGCUCGCAAGCCAAUGGCAGCCACCAGCUGGUGCAGCGCUCGGCGUCCCGUCAGCCUUCGGAAGAUGGCCAGCGUGACGGACCCAAGGAGUGCAUGGCGCUGGUUCAGAAGGUGGACAACGAGAAGGAGGACGACACCAGAGCUGUUGUGGCCAUAGAGGCCCCCUCUGCGGUCCUUGAGGUGGAGCUGCCACCGCCAACUAAGCGAAGGACCAGCCUUCCACCGGAGGACACACAGACAGACACGCAGACAGACAGCAGUCUGAUGGGGUCCACCAUGUCGCUGUGCCUCAUCGGCCCGAACGCGUGCUCUGCUGAGGCGCCGCGCUUUGUGGACAAAAAGGGCGUGCUGGCUAACGCGGGGCUGCUGAUGCCCAACGAGCUGGCGCGAACUCGGCACAGGUUUUCCUUCGACGGAGGGGACUACUCCAUAUUUCAGAGCCACAGUUACCCGCGGCGGGCCAGGACGAGGUGGCACCGCUCCACCAACCAGCUGGACGCUGAAUCGUCGCCCCUGGGCAACCGCAGGGUGACAUUUAGCAGCACCGAGUGGAUGCUGGAAAGCACCGUAUAAACCUGACACUCAACAAACAAACAAACAUAAACUACAUCAGCCUUUCAGCCGGCCUCGCCAUCACACCCGCCGGAGAGGUUUGUCAGUUUUUCGACCCAUCUUGUUUUUUUCUUUAAUGCAGCGGUGCCUUAAUUCUCAGAAACGAACACAAAAAAAAGUAUGAAUGGAGGAUGCUGCUCGCCGUCGUCCAUAACCCCCCCUACCCCACCGCCGCCUUGUCAUCAUUUGUUUGACGAUUUAUUCGUUUAAAGGUCCGUGUGAGGUUUGUAUGUGUUUUUUUCCUUUCAAUGUUCAAAAAAAGAGGAAAAAAAAAGCGCAACUUUCAAGCGAACAGCAAAACAAAAUAAACAUUUGUGCACAGAAGACACGAAGAUACUAGGACAUGUAUCAACACCACAGUAAUAAUUUAAGCGGAACAACAACAAAAAGCCGUAUUUUACAAGUUUCUUAACAGUGACGGGAUUCCUUCUCGUUCUCCUCAUGGGACUGGACGGUGUGAAAUAGCUCCAGAUGUGACUGUACAUUAUUAACACUAUCUGGCUGGUCUAGAUCAAACAGAUGACAGAUGACAACAAAAAGACCUAUAUAAGUAUAUUCAAACAUUUGGUGUAUGUGUACUAACUAUGUAAAGUCAGUAAGUCAUAAUGUCACAUGACUUUUUACAAAGCAUUUGGGUGUUGGCUGCAAGUUUUUACAUUAAAAACCUGUGUCAUCACACCUCUUUAUGUCAAAUAUGAG